AUAGUUUUCUACAGGAGGCACAAAAUGUCAAAAUCUAUCAAUAUAUUGAUAUCACAGUCCGGAAUGAAGGAUCUAUAGAUAUGGAUAUCAUUGUAAACCAACUUCAGAGUUUGAGAUUUAGAACUUGGAAAUCUAGAUUUAAAAGAUCAUAGGGGCGAGUCGUCCCCAUGCCCUGAUGUGCCGUUCGGCGUGCAGAUGACCAGCGUCCCGGGUCCCGUCUCGCCUCAAGCCACAUGGAGGCCCAGAUCACGGACAACGGCACGGAAGCCGUUAACAGAUCCUCCAGCGCUGUCUACGCCAUCGGGCCGGAUUUCAUUACACAAUGGAAGUUAAAGAAACAACGGCAUCAUGUCUGCGCCGGCGUCCACCAACGUCUGUCGGCCGAAUGUCGAAGUUUUCUUGCGAAUUUACAAUCUUUUAGACAAUAUUCCGGAGAUAAUUAUACUUGGGGUAGUCUAGACUGGGCUGUGGGUGAUUUAAUAGGUGGAAUAAAUUCAACUACGAUCCUGACCUCUUCGGACUUCGAAACGGUUCCUGGGCCGGUUUUGCCUCCGUUUGAACUAUGGCAAACUAUUCUAAUAGCGAUUUGUUUGGCUAUUUGCAUUGUGCUGACCGUAGGCGGAAAUAUAUUGGUGCUUCUAGCUUUUAUUGUGGAUAGAACUAUAAGGCAACCCAGCAACUACUUCAUUGCUUCCCUGGCCGCGACCGAUAUGCUGAUCGGCACGGUAUCAAUGCCCUUCUAUACAGUUUACGUACUGGUCGGGUCUUGGGACCUCGGACCUUUACUAUGUGACCUUUGGCUCUCUGUCGACUACACAGUCUGCUUAGUCUCUCAAUACACCGUACUUUUAAUUACCAUCGAUCGUUUUUGCUCCGUUAAAAUUGCAGCAAAAUAUCGCAGUUGGCGGACGAAAAAUCGCGUCAUAUGGAUGGUGACAAUAACUUGGAUAAUACCUGCGUUGCUGUUUUUUAUUUGUAUUUUUGGAUGGGAACAUUUUGUCGGAUAUCGCGAUCUUCUACCAGGACAAUGUGCUGUUCAGUUUUUGAAAGAUCCUGUUUUUAAUACGGCUUUAAUCAUCGGCUACUAUUGGACUACUCUGGUAGUUCUUUUUAUUUUGUAUGGCGGAAUUUAUAAAACAGCUUAUGAUAUGCAAAAGAAAAGUGAAGCAAAACAACGAAAAAUGCAGUCUAUGGUGGCUUUAAGUGCUGGUGCCAUGUCUGGAAUGGCUGGAAGAGCAGCUGGUAUAGGGAUAGCUAAAAAGAAUUCUUUAGGAAAUCAAAGUAAAGCAAAUUCUUCCACACCGGUUUUAUCUAAAACGAAUGAGACUACUAUUAAAAAUGACGAAAAACAGUAUGGUACUAUUAAAACGGUUGUAAAACAAGUUUCAUUAACUAAAACUACAGAAGAAGGUAAAGCAUCUCAACAAAUGACGCAUUUACAAGAAGGAGAAAAGUCGGAGAGAUCAAGUAGUCCAGCGUUUGAAUCGGAUGAAGAUAGUUCUGCAACAAAUCCUGGAAAUAAUAAACGAAGCACGGCUACAUCAGCGCCGAAUAAUAAUUGUUUGAAUGGAUAUAAAUUGAGCACAAAUAAACCAGAAAUAACACCAACAACACCGAGAGCUGAUCACAAUAGUUCGUCAUCGGCUAAUCCAAGUCUUCGACAAGCCACUUUGGUGAGAGCAGCUUCAAAAUUAGGUAAGCACAAAGAAAGUGUAGGUAAACAAGUUUGCAACACAUUAGUCAGUGUUCAACCAGAUGCUUCUUCCAAACCAGUGAUAUCAAUAGUCAAUCCUGCUACAGUCGAUGCAUUAGUUCAGACUGACGAUGUAAGUUUGACGAAAAGUGACAAGAGAUCAUCUAGAAAAGACAAUGAUAGCACAUCAGGUAGCAGUAAACGAGCCUUAAUGAAGUCAAUUGGUAAACGAUUAAAAGGAAAGAAAAACUCUGAUAAAAACGGUUUGGGAAGACAAAAAUCUAAGUCUGAAAACCGUGCCAGGAAGGCGUUUAGGACAAUAUCUUUUAUUUUAGGAGCGUUCGUCGCUUGUUGGACUCCUUACCAUAUAUUAGCAUUAGUAGAAGGCUUUUGUGCUGAUCCUCCUUGCACAAACGAACAUUUAUUCAUGUUCACCUACUUUCUAUGCUACGCCAAUAGUCCUAUGAAUCCAUUCUGCUACGCUUUGGCAAAUCAGCAAUUCAAGAAAACUUUCACGAGGAUUUUGAAAGGCGAUUUGCACAUGACGUAG